CAGCGACGAGCAGGAGCAGUGGCAGGGAAGGCGGCGCGGGCGGUGCCUUCCUUAGGGAACUUACAACUCGUCGAGGUGGGCGGCGGCGCCAUUUUGAAUUGGCUGCGGGUCGGUGGUAGUACCUGGUGAACCGAGCUCUGCGUUCUCCGAGAAAGACCAGCGAGGAGGGAGCGAGGUCUAAAUAUGGCAGCGAAUAGGAACCUGAAGCAAGUUCGGAUCGAGAAUAGCUCCCCAGCAGCGCCGUUGGGCAUGGUGGGGGGUGGUGGCGGCGGAGGCAACCUGAAGGGGUUGCGGGGCCUAGAAACGGAGAGUGAGGCAUCGGCGGCCAUGGCGCUGGUACCAAGUAAAGAAGGUGGAGAUGAGGAGCAGGAGGUCGGGUUUACCAUCGACAUCAAAAGCUUUCUCAAACCUGGCGAGAAAAGCUACACGCAGCGCUGCCGGCUGUUCGUGGGGAAUCUGCCUACCGAUAUUACCGAGGAAGAUUUCAAGCGCCUCUUCGAGCGCUACGGGGAGCCCAGCGAGGUCUUCAUCAAUCGGGAUCGUGGCUUCGGCUUCAUUCGCCUGGAAUCUAGGACUCUGGCUGAAAUAGCAAAGGCAGAACUUGAUGGUACUAUUUUGAAGAGCAGACCACUUCGAAUUCGAUUUGCUACACAUGGAGCUGCCCUAACGGUCAAGAACCUUUCACCUGUGGUUUCUAAUGAGCUGCUGGAACAAGCAUUCUCGCAAUUUGGGCCAGUGGAAAGAGCUGUUGUUGUAGUGGAUGAUCGAGGGAGAGCUACAGGAAAAGGUUUUGUGGAGUUUGCAGCAAAACCUCCAGCACGGAAAGCUCUAGAAAGAUGUAGUGACGGGGCAUUCUUGCUAACAACAACACCUCGACCUGUUGUUGUAGAACCGAUGGAGCAAUUCGAUGAUGAGGAUGGGCUCCCAGAGAAACUAAUGCAGAAAACACAACAGUAUCACAAGGAAAGAGAACAGCCUCCACGUUUUGCUCAGCCUGGAACAUUUGAGUUUGAGUAUGCUUCACGUUGGAAGGCUCUUGAUGAGAUGGAAAAGCAACAACGUGAACAGGUUGACAGGAACAUUAGAGAAGCCAAAGAGAAACUAGAGGCAGAAAUGGAAGCAGCUAGACAUGAGCAUCAGCUAAUGCUGAUGAGGCAAGAUCUCAUGCGACGUCAAGAAGAGUUAAGGCGUUUGGAAGAACUUCGAAAUCAAGAACUUCAAAAGCGCAAGCAGAUACAGUUGAGGCAUGAAGAAGAACAUAGACGUCGUGAGGAAGAGAUGCUACGCCAGAGGGAGCAAGAGGAGUUACGACGACAGCAGGAAGGAGGAUUUAAGCCAAAUUUCAUGGACAAUAGAGAACAGGAAAUGAGAAUGGGUGAUAUGGGUCCUCGUGGAGCAAUAAACAUGGGAGAUGCGUUUAGCCCAGCCCCUGCUGGUAACCAAGGCCCUCCUCCAAUGAUGGGUAUGAAUAUGAACAACAGAGGAACUUUACCUGGCCCUGCAAUGGGUCCUGGUCCUGCCAUGGGACCAGAAGGAGCUGCAAAUAUGGGAACACCAAUGAUGCCAGAUAAUGGAACAGUGCAUAAUGAGAGAUUCCCUCAAGGAGGCCCAUCACAGAUGGGUUCGCCUCUGGUUAGUAGAACGGGCUCUGAAACUCCUCAGCCGCCAAUGAGUGGUGUAGGUGCCGUGAGUGGUGGACCUGGUGGCUUUGGUAGAGGAAACCCAGGGGGCAACUUUGAAGGACCUAACAAGCGUCGCAGAUACUAAAACUUACUUCAUUCCUUACUGUUUAGAAAUUCCAGUAAAACUAUACAGUGAUAUGCCUUUAUAAUUUUAGCUGUUAUCUGGAAAUGGUUUUAUUGUUAUUGUAGUCUUUAAAACAAUUUAUUUUGUAAACCCUUUUUUGUAUUCAGUCAUAGGCUUUGUAGUAUAGAGCAGAAAUGAUGCAGAUCAUGAUGUAAGGCAAUGUGUUUGUGACUCUAGCAAAAUACAAUGUGUGACUAUGAUGUAAAACGUGCAGUUAUCUGAUUGCAAUAAAAUAUAAAAAUUACUUGAAAGGAUUUUGGGAAUGUUAUUACUAAUACUGGGUGAGAAUAAUUUUAUGCUUAAGUGACAUAAUUUUCAUUCUCAUGUAGUUCCUACUAUGUGUCAAAAGUUCCAUUCUUAAUAGUGAACCUGUAUAGCUUAAACUGCAUGUUGCAGUACAUACUAUGAACAAUUUAUAGCACAACUGCUUUUGUUUGCUGGGUCUUGUGAAGAGCAUCGAAUUUUAUACAAAGUGUUCUGAAGGAUACCGUGUCCUUGCAUCUCAGUCUCCCUUAGUAAAUGUAGUCUGUUACUAUAGGUUUAUCACCUGAGUAUAUCCAUUACUCAAAUUAUUGGAAAACUUAAGUUGGGAGGAAACCCCCCGCCCCCAAACUUUGGAAAAGGAAUCUGUAUAUGUACUUUAUUUAUAACAGUAUGAAUGAAUUGACCUAAACCAUACAGCUACAGAAGCAAAAUUACUGUGGUGUCUGUGACCAUUAAAGCAUCUUGCAAGGAAGGAGACAUUUGUGCAAGCAGGUUUAAAGCCUUCCGCUGUGUAAUGCAUUAUUACAGGUAUGCGUUUCCCAGGUGUUUGGUUUUAAUACAAACAAGUCUGUUACCAGUAAUUAAUUAGCAGAAAAAUACAUGUUUUUCCAGUUAAAAUAAAUGUUCAGCUAGAGCAAUAUGCAUUUAGAAGGAUUACACGAGUCUUCUUGGAAAAUGUUUUACAGAAUGAUGAAUAUGAAAAAUACCUCUUUCGAAUACAACUGAGGCUAGAUUUGCUGUUUGAGUGUUAAGAUAAAAUUAAUAAUGCUCUUAGGAAGUUCAUUAGGAAGAUUGAGAUU